CUAUAGCAGUAGGGAAAGCAAUUUGAGGACUCGGUGCAAAAGAGCCCUUUGUAUACCCUAUAGAGGAGGGCCUCGAUAAAUAAGAUUGCCCACUCAAAAUUUUUCAAUCACUAGUUGGAAAUUUUGUUACAGGAGAGUAAGUCUGUCACAGGGAUUACAGUAAAUAUAAAUUUUCUACUGUAGGCCAACAGAAUUCACAUUCGUUUUAUGCAGUUGAAUUCUGCAAAAUUGUUUCUGUGAAUACUUGCAGAGUUGAGAGACCCACUUGCAGGUGACAGUAUCGAGAAACAAACACGGUUACGGUUCCAAGUGGGAAGUUUGCUUGCCUGCAGAAUUUACCCCAUUAACUUAAGCGCAACUUAAGCGCUAUCCCCAGUUGCGAUACGGUUUCUGCGGACCGAAACGCCACUUGAAUAAAUGCGUCGGCCUUUAAGGCGCCACGAGGGUCUACCACCUUCUUACAAAGCGAGGGAGACGCUCCCUUUCCGAGGAACCGAGCGGCGAGCUCCUCCAUCAUUGCGCAAGCCAAGUGAGCGCCAUCCGCGGCGCGCGCUCGGAUUGCAGAUCUCGCGGCGCCUUGUUCACGCGACUCGCACUCUUUUUCCCGCCAUCUUGAAAAGAUGCACGCAGGAAGCUUCCGGACCUUUGGCAUGCGCCCGGUGCGCAUGCGCGUUCCGCGCGGGGUGGUCAAGCGAGAGAGGGAAUAAAAGGGCGAACGAGAGAGGGGCCGGAGGCCUCGGGAGUGUUUUUAUGCCGCCGCAUGAUGUACCGUCCCGGUUGCGGCCGCUCGAGCAUGAUCCCCUCCAGCCGGCCCAAAGAGAACAGCAGCAGCUCAGGCUCUCGAUGUUCCCGGUCCGGUGCGUCCACCAAUCCGACCACCGGGUCAAGUCGAGGCCGUAGCCCGCGCCGCUCCCGUUCUCCGUCUCCACGGGGCCGCCGCCACCACCGCUCGCCGUCCAGCGGUCGCCCUCCGCGUCGCUCGCCAUCCCCCCGUCGCAGUAGCAGGAGACAUUCCCCGGGUCCACACUCACGCUCCCCGGGUCGGCGCUCACGUUCUCCAGGUCGGCGCUCACGUUCUCCACGUCGGCGUUCUAGAAGUCGACACUCUGAAUCUUCAGUGGAACAGAAUUUGCGGAUCACUGUUGGCAAUGAUCGUUAUGGUAUUGAUACACCUGAGAGAAAGAGAUUAUGUGAUAGACUGGGCUCACCAGUUGAUAGCCUGAGUGAUAUGGAUAGGGAUGAUUUGGCUGAUGGACCAAUAUUUAGCAGAAGCCUUUUACGUCGUCGGAGCCUUGACAGAUAUCCUUCUCGUGAGGAAAAUCAGGCUAGUCCUUUCAGUAGGAGACAUGAUGAGGACUAUCACAAUAGGGAUGUUUUCCUCCAUCAAUCAGACUAUAGCAUGAACUAUGAGGAGAGAAAAAGAACUGAUUCAAGAGAAACUGAUAGGGAAGGUGAACUACAUAGAAAAUCCUUAUAUGCAUUGGACGAUAGAGGGCGGGACCCAAAACGACCUCGAUAUGACAGAAAUGACAGAUUACUUGAUAUGAACAUGGAACAACAGGGUUUCUUGUCAGGAACACGAAAGUACCGUAAACGAAGUUUUAGUAGAAGUCCAAGUCCAACAUAUCUCAAUGAAGAUUUUCGCGAACUUGAAAGUGCUAGAAGGAAAAGAAAAGAAGAGGAACUGAGCAGAAAUCUGAGUCGGGAACUAUCUGGCGAUAGCUAUGCGAUGACUGGUUCAACUAAUUCAACGAAAUCUUCUGAACCUCAGUACCUUUAUAGACCUGAUGAGGCACCAGCAAUGCCCAAAAAAUCUAUUUUGAAGAAACGUGUGGAAGAUCAUUCAGUACAGCCUGAAGUCUUUUCUAGCAGUUCUUCCUCUAUUAAAGAGCCCCCACUUCUUUCAAAUCAUUCUUCUUUGCCCCAGCAUAGUAGUGUUGCUCCUUUUUCAUUGGAGGUAGAGAAUUUCCUCAAACAAUUCAACAAAAGUGCAGUUGCAGAGUCUACCAGUAAGGAAACUCAAGGCAGUGAGCCUGACUGGAGGCCAUUUUCUGGUUCACAUCAAAAUACACUUCCUGCUGAACAAAACUCUGAAAAUUUUUUAAAACAAAAAGAGCCUCAUGAGUCAACAUCAGAGUCUGUUGACCACCCUGGUGAUUUCCUGCUUCCUCAUGAAAGAGCCAGCCAGGAUGGAAGUGGCUUUUCACGUAUUCUGGGCAUUUUGGGGGCUAUGGCAGAUUCUAAUAAUACGGAAGAAAAAAAAAGGAACAGUUUUCCUGAUGACCUUGAGGAUGAAGAGAAAUUUCUUUAUGGUGAUGAUGAUGAUAAUGAUUGUAAUACCAGCUCUCCAUCUACUCAAAAACUAACAUUGAGUGAUGGGAAGGAAUCUGUAAGCCAAAAAGUAGGUUCUCUACCUCCUUCAUCUGUAAAACCAGAAUCAUUAAAUGAAUCCAGACCAGAGUAUGAGAAGAUUCACAAUUUGCUUAAAACUAUUGGUCUUGACAUUGGGGUGACCGAAAUAGGUAAACUUGCUGCUCGUACUCAGGAACGUCUUCAUGGGAAAAAAUCAUCUCGUUCACCUGAUCGUUAUUCAGGAGCUUCUUCCAAACCAGAAACGUGGGAGAGGCGUCGCAAUCGCAGUGAAACUUAUUCUCCAGAAUCAAACCAGAAGCACACUCUCUCACCUACUGCUUCUUAUUCAUUAUCUAAAGUUAUACCCUCUGUUACAAAAUCGGACCACAAUACAAGCAAAAUGUUAGGAAGAGAUAAUCCUGUUGACACAGUUGAGCAAUCUGUUCCUCCACUAUCUCUAAUUCCAUCAGCUCCACCAUCUCUUCCUAAUUUGACACCUACACCCACCUCUGUUUCCCAAUACAGACUUUCACCCUUUUCACCUUUUCCUACACCACAAUUACCACAAAACUAUCCUCCUCCCACAAUGGCUCCUCCUGGCUAUGAUGCAUAUGGACACUACAUGGCUUAUGCAGCUUCAGGCUGGCCCAUGUAUGCUCAGCAGACUGACCCUGGGCUUACAGAUAUGCAUGGGCUUGUCACACUAUCAGUGCCACCAAAUCCAACACGGCCCAAUCUUAGAGUUAUUGAGACAGUUUCCACAUCCAAAGGGACUCCUGAUCUCAAAAGAGAUGACUCUGUGCUUGUGCAAAUCCCCACAGUAGCUCCUUAUUCAAAAUUACAUUCUCCGUUCUCUCAACCUUCACUAAGAGGUUCCAAGGAAAGAAUGUCUGAUGAAAAAAAUCGAGCUUCUAGGAAACAAAAGGUAGUAGAGGAAAUUGAGAAGUUGAAAGCUGAACAAGAAGCACGGCAAAAAAAACUACAUUAUCUCAGAGCUGAAUUAAACAGACUUUCGAAACAACAAGGGGAAUUGCUGCGGAAGAAACGGAGGGAGAAGGAUGGACAUAAAGACCCUUUGCUAAUAGAAGUAAACCGACUGCAAGACAACAUUGCAAAGGAAAUAGCUCAGCUGAAGAUGAAUGCUGAUGCUGCAGAGAAGAAACAAUCUGAACUUGACAAGGUAGCCCAGAUCCUGGGGAUUAAUAUUUCUGAGAAAUCCCGGAAACUAUCUUCAGAAAGUAAAGACUCUUCAGAAAACGCAAGGAUUCAGGAGAAAACUUCUGAUCUAAUCAAGGAAUCAAAAACUAAUAGUGACAGAAUCAAGGGAAAAAGUCCUAAGCCUAUGGAAUCUUCUUCACAACCAUUGCAAGGGACCAGUAUUUAUGACUACUAUGAUACAGGGAACCAUUGGUGUAAAGAUUGCAAUACUACCUGUGGAACUAUGUUUGAUUUCUUCACACAUAUGCAUAAUAAGAAACAUAGACAGACCCUGGAUCCAUAUAACAGACCCUGGGCAGCAAAGACGCAAAAUGAAACAAAGCAGGAAGUCACCAAACGAAUUGACAAAAUACCUGUCCCAGCCAAAGGUUCUGAAUUUCUUAUCCCAGUCACUGGAUAUUACUGCCAACUCUGCAGUGAAUUCUUUGGAGACCAGAUAUCAGCAGAACAACAUGUCAAAAGUCAUCUACAUAAUGAGAAAUAUAAGAAACAUGUGGAUGAGAAUCCUCUCUAUGAAGAAAGACGGAAUCUGGAUCAUCAGGCAGGAUUGUCUGUGAUUCAGGAAACUGAACGCAGGCUGAGACGGAAACUGUGUGAAAAACAAAAAGAGGAAAAAGAUGAGAAGACAACAAAAACAGUAAAGAAAGAAGAAAUAAAGAAUAUAAAAGAACUUGGAGAGGAGAAUAAUGAAUAUGAAAUUAGUAAAAAGAAAGAAAUCUCUAAUGGUGAAAAAUGUGGGAUUCAACUUAAAUUGAAGAAAGAUGACAAAGAAAUGGAGAAGGAAGAGAGAAAAGAGGAAUCUGAAAAGGAGUCAAAACUAACCACUUUUGGAAAAUUCAGUUGGAGAAAGAGUGAGAGAGAUGAAAAAAAUCAGGGGAAAGAUACAGCUGGUUUUAAAGAAGAGAGCCCUGAGGAAGGUAAAGAAAGUAAGUCCCAAUCUGGAAAGCAAAAUUCAAAGCCCAUUGCAAUUAAGUUAUCUGGAAAAACCGUCAUUCCACAUACAAGCCCCUGGACACCAGUUGUUUCAACUUCCUCGCAAACCAAAAUCCGCCCCAAUUUACCAAUCCCAGUGAUGGUUCUAAGGAAGACUGCAGUUACAACAGUAAGCAAGCCAGCACCCCUAAAUACUUUUUUGUCGAUAAAAUCUUCUGGCACCACUGCCAAACCUCUGCCGGUUGUCAAAGAGGGAAAUCCAGACAUUGUUUUGGCACCAGAUAUUAUAUCAAAAGCAUUUGGGGGAGAAGUAGUAGUUUUAAAGGGAUCACAGGAGGAUAUAAAAGAUACAAAGGAAGAAGCAGAGGAAGGCAAGCAUGAAAGUGAGGCAAAGGCCGUGGAACAUGCAAAUGUAACGAAGGCCCAGGAGCAUGCAGAGGUGGUGGCAAAAGCUCAGGCAAAAGCCAGGGAGCUUGCAGCAAUGGUGAAAGAACAAGAUGUCUCGCAUGUGACAAAAGGAACUGAGCAAUCUCUUGAGAGGCCACAUAGGCGCCCUCCUCUACUGCCACUGCCUCCAGGACCACCAUUGUCACUAUCUGUACCACAGCCACCACCAAUAGUAUUUGCUCCUCAACCCCCUCCGCCACCAAAACAACUGGUUAUCCUGGCAGAUGAUAUGGCACCCGGUGUAUCUGAGGAUGAUAAGAACAUAUUGGAAAUGCCCAUGUGUCCUCGCCCCUUGCCACCGCCAACUGUUUUUGGGGAGCAUGUUAAAAAAUUAAAGAAAAAUAACUCUUCUCUGGCUGCAGGCAAUGCUAAAGAUCUGUAUGACAUUUUUUACAACAGUAGUGGAAGGAAUCCAGCAGAAAGCAAGCUAGUGAAUUCUGCAAUUUCAGAAAAAGGAAAAUUGAAUCCUACCGAGAAGGAGAAAAAUACAAGUCUACAGGUAAAUUCCAAGCCAAGUUGUAAUCCUUUUUCAGAAGAAUCUCUUUGCAGUGUGUACACUUCCUCGUCUAGGAACUCAGAAACAGAGGAAGUAAAAGAUGAGAAAAUGAUGACAACUGAUGAAAUUACUGAACUCAAAACCAGUGUGGAGAGGGACCUAGAAAAUGUCUCCUUUUCAGAUAUACAGUCUACAUUGUCAGAAGCAGAUGAUUUAGCAAGAAGUACCUCUUAUCCAUUCCAUAAUGAGGAAGAAGUGGGAAUUCCUGUUCCAUCUGAAUUUAACAAGAAAUCAUCUAAACUUGAAAAAAAUGAGUUAGCUGUGCAGAUAGAAAAAAUGAGCCCUCUUCCUUUGGAUGACUUUAAUGAGCUAUCUGCCAGCCUUGAGACAGCAGAACAUGACAUUUCUAAUGAUGAGACUGUCACACAAUUCUCAGAAAUCUCUAAGGAUCUUCCGGAAACUAUAUCUGAUUCUGUGCAAAAUGACAGUUAUUCUAUAGAAUUACCAAUUGAUCUAAAACUAGACACUAAGGAAUGCAAUGGUGGGGAAAGUCCUCAGCCUUCAGAAGUCCAGUAUUCAGAUUCAGAGCUAAAUAAAGUUGAAUUAGACUCUUUCCUUACAAACAAUGAACAAGAGGAUUUGAAUGGUUCUCAGUUAAAAGAUGGUGAGGAUUUCAGUGUAGUUAAUGUUCUAGAAUCUGAAGAGAUUACAAAUGAGAACUUUGUUAAUGUAACAGCAAUAAUUACCACAGAAGAGAAACAUGAACAAAUCAGUCCAUUCCCACUAAGCUAUGAAACCAAGGAACUCCAAGUGGAAAAAACAGAAGUGUUGGAUAGUAUUUCUUCUACAAAUGAAAUUAAACCUAAUUAUGUGGAAUUCAUGUUUAUAAAACAUGAUACACAAACAUUUUCUGCCUCUGAUUUGGAAUUAAGUGGCACUGAAGAAAGAACAGCUGUAGAAACAGAAAGUACUGAUUUUUCAACACUUCAGCCAGAAAUGAGUCAAGAAUCACUAGAUCCUCUUCCAACAGAAAUCCGUAUUGGGCAUCUUGGAGAGGUGACUCUUUCCUUCACAGAUUUGAAUACUGAAGUAUUGAAUACCUCAACAGCUGAUAAUUUUGACUUAAACAAUACAUAUCCAGAACUUAGUUUUGAACAGUCUACUACUUUUUCCCUGGAUUUGGAAAAUAAAGGAAUCUCCCCAAAAUCUGAUGAAACAAAGGCUAUGGACUCUCCCAGCCUGAAACCAAAUUUGGAAUUAGAACCCAUUGAUUUCACUCUGGGAAAUAUUACAGUGGAACAUGAAGUGGUGGAUAUUCUGCCAACUGUAAUUUUAAAUGAGGAGAAUGCAGAGAGUCCAAAGUUAGAAGUGGUUGCACCUAUUUGUUUAGAGUCCAGCAAAAUGAGCGAGUUGGACACUGACCAACCAGUGCUUGAAUCUGAGAUAAUUAAUUUUGUUGCAUUUACCUCUGAUGAUCAAGAGGAUAAAUUUUGCUCAGUAAUUUCAGAUGCAGCACAUGUGGUGUCUUCUGCAUCAAAGGGUGACAUGACAGAAGUAAGUAUGCCCCUUGAUCAAUUGCAGGAUAUGUCUUCUGUUUCCAUGCCCCAACCCCCAUUUAGUAGCAAAGGAGACACUUCUGAUAAGCUGUUGUGGAGCUGUGGUGGGGAAAAUGUACAAAACCAAACUGUGACAUGCAUGGAAUCCAUCCUUCCAAAACUAAUGGAAUCUGGAGAAGUGGGGGGUUCAGGUGACAGUGAAUUGUACAGUCUCAAGAAUCAGAUGCAGACAUCCAUAGAUAAACUAACAAUGACAGAGGAAGAAAAGAAUGAUGAUAAAUGUGAAGUUAAAAAUAAAUUGGCUUCAGAAGUAACUGACAAAUCUGCAGAGCACCUGGUAAGUACAGACAAAAUUGUUCCAAAUCUUUAAGCAACAAUUGUUGAAAUUUUGUAAAUAUAAUACUUUAGUUUAAUAAGUUGAAAAUUUAUAACUUGCAAUAGUCUUUUGUCAAAAAAAAAUCUAAAAUUCUGACUAAAAUGUAAACUGUAUUGUAUAUAUCUGAUUGUGUAAAAUAUUUCUUUUUCAGUCUUGGACUUCCAGCCAUUAAAAAUGGAUUUCUCAUCCGUAGUAUGUGUUUCGGCUAUGGUUUGUUUGUUUUUUUAAUUAUUAUUUCUGUAAAACUGUGACUACUUUUUACAUUUUUCUUUGACUUUUUAUGGUUUCUGAUUUAUACAGCUUUUGUAAAUAACAUUCCAAGGUGCAACACUGACAAGCGCAAGGACAGGUGUUCAGGACUUGAGAAAAAAAAGAAGGCUCUUGCUGAAGCAUUUAAGCAGAAAGUUUCUUUGAAACAUUUUGCAUGUUUCAUUGCACAAAAUGUAAAAUGCAUGAAAAGUGUUCUGCAUUUUUCAUCAUGCAGAAGAUUGUUCUGCAUUUUUCUCUUGUUAUUAUCUUGUUGAACUACACCUGUAAUCAAGACUGUGAUGCCAUAUUGUAUAAAAUCCUGUGUGGAUGCCAUCUCACUGAGCAAAGGAGAAAUAUCUAUCAACUCACUUUUGGAGAAAGAAACUCUUUGGUAAGGCUGUGGCCCAUCAAUUGGACUCUGCAUAUUGAGGUCACUUGCAUGAUUUAAAAAUCACAUUUUAUUUUACUACAUUGUGGUACAGUAACUGUUUGUGUUAAAUUGUUUAGCAGCUGCCUAACUCAGAAGAAAUGGAAGAUCUGAAUUUUGCUCUCUGGAUUGGAUUUCCAUCAUAUAACCAGACAUUACAUGCCUGAAUGAAUCCCUGAGCUACAAAAAUACUGUUGUGUGAAGGUUUUCAGUUAUACAACUUGUCAAGAAACGCAGUGAUGUUUGCAUGGAUUUAUCUAAAAGGUUAUAUCUGUAAAUCUAAAAUAAACCCAUGAUGAUCUGCGACAUUAUAAAUACUACUUCUGUGUCUUUUUUAUGUCUACUUCUAUAAAUAGUGUUUGGAUUCUGUGGUUGAGAUAAAGCUGAUGAAAAUCUUCCUUACGUUUUUCAUCUUUCAAAUUCAUCCGAUCAGCUUCUUAAGAGAAAACAUUGUUUAAACAUUGCAAAGAAUUAUAUACUUUCCGUUUUAAAAUAAAACUUUAAAAGUAAAUUUGCUUUGAAUUUUAAAUAUACUGGUUCAUCAUAAAAGAUCAGUGUGGAUAGGAGAUAUGAAAUACCUUGUAAAUACAAGAAAAAAUAUACAUCAGUGGAAAUAAAAUGGCAAUAUUAGAAAUAAUUUCUUGUGAAUGUAUAAUCCCCUAAAUUAUGAAAUGUUACUAAAUCUACAGUUCUUUAUUAACAACUUUCUUUUUGUCUUGACUCCUGGUACCAACAUGGAUAAGUCUUUGUAGUUUUCAUAGCAACAUUUUUGAAAAAUGAUUUGCCAUUGACCUAUUCCUAGGGCUAAGAGAGAAAGACUGGCCCAAAGUCUCCUAGCUGGCUUUAUGCCUAAAGAAUUCAUAGUUUCGUAAUUUCAAGACCAAGGAGAAUUUAGACUCCCAGUUAGCCACCUGGGGUGAUCAAAAUAGCACAUGGUAACCAACGAUAGAAAUUAUCAGAUGUAGGAUAGCAUAAAGUCAGAAAUAUAGCUAAGAUGUAAUUGUCUGUUUGCCUCAAGGUAACUAGGAAUUACGUGGCCAGCUCUAUUGGUUUAAUUGUUCAAUUGUUGAACUUGUCUGAAUAAAAUGUAUUCAUCUAAUAAAAUUUAUAUAUCCUGCUCAAUCCAGCAAGAUUCAAAAUAAUUUAUAAAUUAUAAUAAUGUAGCAAUAAUGAUAGCAAAACAAAAUUACAACAUCAAGAGAUGCUAUGGCUUGCACCCCACAUACUAGAUCAACUUGUUAAGCAUGCAAUGUCAAUAAUUAAAGGGAUGUACUGUUCAUCUUUCACUGUUUUGUUGCAUACUGCUGAUGAUUUAAGGCAGGAUGUCAAACUCAUGGACUCAUGUUGUUGUCACAUAUCGUGACUUUUUUCUCCUUUGCUAAACUGGGGGUGGCCGUGGUUAGUGCAUGAUGUAUCUGUGCCACAAGUUUGACACCCCUGGUUUAAGGGGUUGAGAAGCAACUUUAAUAUAAAAUGUUAUUCUAAUAUAAUUAUUACAUUCCCUAGCAUUGUCCUACCAAGGUACUAAAUGUACAGUCUUCCUUCUCCCUUCAGUAACUUUUUGUAACUUUUGCAAUAAGGCUCUGAAGCAUAUUAGAUUAAGAGAUGGCAACUGGCCCAAGGCUAGGCAUUGAGCUUUAUAGGGCCGUGAUGGUGAACCUAUGGGACACGUGCUACAGGUGGCACUUGUAGCCAUAUUGGUGGGCACGUGAGCUCAGCUCCAGCUAAUUUUCGGGCCUUUUUGGCAUACCAGAAGUAGGGAAACAGGCUGUUUCCUGCCUCCAGAGAACCUUGGGGGGUGUUGGAGAAGGCUUAUUUUUCUCUCUCCCCAGCCUCCAGAGCCUUUCUAGGAGUUUGGGGAGGGCGAAAACGGCCUUCCCCACCCCCUGGAGCUCCUCCAGGUGGGACAGGAAGUUGGCAAACGGGAUGUUUUUGGUCUCCGGACAGCCUCCGGAGGCCGUUUCCGCCCUCCCCAGACUCCUAGAAAGGCUCUGGAGGCUGGGGAGACCAAAAAACAGACCCAACGUGCCAUCGUGUGCCAGGAGCGGGGGGCCCACGUAGAAUUAUGGGUGUAGGCACGCAUGGGUGUAAUACCCACCCACCCGCUCCUGGCACGGGAUGGCAAAAAGGUUGGCCAUCACUGUUUUGGGGUCUCCUCAGUCUCAGUCCAGGACUAUAUUCAUUACAUAACAUCAGGUCUCAUAAUUUCUCUUAUUCUGGAUCAGGUUAUUUUAGCAAUCUCUCUUCAAUAUACAACAAAGCCCACUCAUUAACCUUUACAAAAGUCAUUAAGGUUUUGCUGCCUCCCCAUGCACUUGAGUGGGAGUCCCCGUUUUGUUGUAUGUUUGGUAGCCAUUUUAUAGUUUGUAUUUAUAUAUAGUCUAGUUUUUGUUUUAUGGGUGUUUUUUAUUUAUUGUAUGCUUUUAUUAUUUAUGAGUUGGGAGGCCUUAUACAUCUUAAAAAUAAAUAAUCCUGGCUAAGGUCUCUCAAGAUUCUGGGUAGAAUUCCUACGCAUUCUAUUAUAUAUUAUAAACAAGCAAGCAAGCUAGCUUCAAGAGGAAAACCAUCAUCCUUUAGUCCAUAAACCAGGGAUGAGUAUAGUUAUAAAGAAGUAUGGAUAAUAAGCAGUAACUGCAGAUAUAAGGGUCAAUGAGAAAAAACUAGAAAUUUGUAAAUAUGAAAUACCUUCAAAUGGACAAGCAAAUGUGGAAAAAAAUAGUGUUGGUGGCAAUUGGUGCUAUAUCAAAAGAUUUGAGAAAGUGAUUGGAUACAAUAUGACUGGACAGAAUCUCAGCUUAUCAAGUACAAAAAAGUAACAUUACUUGGAAGAGUACAUAUAUUGAACAAAAUCUAGAUCCUUGGGAAGUAUUCAAUAGUUAAAAGUAUCAAGUAUGAUCAGAACCAUUGACUUAGACUACUUGUAAACAUUUAAACUACAAUUCUGUUGACAUCACAAUCAACAUUAUUUACAAACAUUGUUGAUUGUGAUGUCAACAGAAUUGUAGUUUAAACAUUUACAAGUAGCCUAAAUCAAUUAGUAUUGAAAACAUGACAGAUUUGAUUCAGCAUUUAAUCGAUAAGCUAAUAUUUAAUAAUUGGAAGAUAUUAACUUUGUAUGCUAAUGAAGAAUGUGUGAAAUUGUAUAACAGGACAAUCUUUAAAAUGUUUUAGAAACUUCCAAGAACAAUGCAAAAGAGAAAUUAUUGCUGUCUAUUUGGGUAAGAACUGUGAUUUUACAGAUAAUUUCUUGCAUUUAAGAAUAUUUCUUUUGAAUGUUGAAAAUUUGCAGGGAGGGACUCUUGCUUUAAAUAUCUUAACAGAAAUGAAUGUAACUGCUUAAAAUUCUUUAGCCCAUUUUUUUCAAAAUAGUUCUAGUGGCUGACUUCAAACAGGUGUUUCAAGAUCACAUUUUCUCACAUGGAAUCUGGAUUAUACUUUUCUGUAAAUUCAAUCUUGUAUGACCUUAACUUUCAAAGUAACUAAACAUGAAAUGAAGUGGAGAAAUCUUUUCCUCUUUCAUUCAUCUUGCACACAUUCAACUUGAGCAGCUAAAGCAAAAUGUUACCCCUCUGACAGCCAGCUUCAGCUACUUAUACCUUUCUCCUUUAUUGAAGUGGUUGAAGGUGCUAAUUCCCCAAGGCCUGGCUUAAGGCACUGUUCAUAUUUUCCAAAGUGAAAAACCGCAGGAAGGCUCAGCUUCCAGAAAGUGAAGGGUGAAGGGCUCAUUAUCCACAUUCUGGAGGGAUUACCGUGACAAACUGAUUUCCCUCGUUAUUUUAAGUGUUAGGUCAGGUUGCAAAUACUUUUAGAAUGUGCAAACAUGAUCACGGAGAUCUGCCACAAAUGACAAGAUACACAUAGGCAGUGUUACUAAUGUCACACAGUUUCAAGCAACAGAUAUAUCUAUACUUCUAACUUCUUUGGAACAUUGUAGAAGAUCAGGCUUUACUUGAGGCAUCUCACUGUGAACUCUUAUUCUUACUUAUUCUUUCUGGACCAUUAUUGUUUUCUUGGAUUGAGCCUGCUGCAUGAUUGUGUUAUGGAAAAUCCUAUUAUGGAAAAUAAAUUCUGUACAAUGGUAUCGCUCAUCCUAUAUAGUGUUUUGAGAGAGGGAGAACUUUACAAAAUAAUGGUAGCUGGUACUAAAUCUCUACAUGCUGUGUUACAUGCUGGGAAAAAAUAUCAAGCUAUAUGCAUAUCAGUCUUCAUGUUAACAAUGUUAUUACUAUUCAACAGGGUAAACACCUAUGCUUGAGAAACUCUUAGAAGUGCGUAACAAUCAACUGGUUGAAAAUCACUGUAAAUUGGAAAAAAAAUAGCUGAAGAAAUGCACAUCAGAAGUCCUAUAUUACCCACUGAAGUAAUGAACGUCUAAAAUAUGAUUUCUCCCCCAAACAUUUUUAAAUUUUCACAGUAAUAAUUCAAAAUAUAAGAAGCUCAGGUUUCCAAGGCAAUUUGACAAAUCCGUAUUCUGAUGAAUAUGAGCAUAAAUACAUAAUUUUUCUGUACUGAAACUAUACUGGAAACUUGUUUUCUUCAUCAGUUUGUAUUUAUAUUUCUCUACAUUUUGUAGAAAAUUAGAUAUUGAAAGGAUUGUAGAAGUAAGAAAAAUCUUUGAAGCAGUUAUGGAAUGUCAUGCUCAGAUUGUUCAUUUUUAUCAUAGUAUGUGCAUUUAAAUGCAUUUAAACUUCCAUCAAUCUCAGUAAUUGAAAUUCAUUUUUUUUAAUUCAGAGAACUAGAUUGAUGAAUCAUCCUUUUUAGUUAGUAGCAAUAAUGUUUCAUAAUUAAUAUAAGGUAAUUUUUGUUUUGGUUGAAAUUUUCCUCUCAGUCUCAGACAUAAAUAUAGCAGCUUUAAUAUUUAUUUUUAUUAAUUAUUAUUUAAACUUUUAUUCUGCCCAUCUCACUAAGCUAAUAAUAUAGUAAUAGAACUGUGUAUGUGUAUGUAAAAACGUUUUAGAAAGUCAUUGCAAUAAAACACAUUGAUAUUGCUAAUUCUGUGGAAUUUAGCAGUAACUCAUGGAACUGAAUAUACUUAACUAUCAGAUUCAUAAUCUUAAAAUAAUUCUGUGGAUUAUCUGUGUGGAUCAGAUAAUUCAGAUCUGAACCUUCAGACAAGAUCAUUUGUAGGGAUAGAUGAUGGGACUUCAGCCUAAAUUGAAGGUAAGUUCAAUUAAGGUCAAUUUGAAUAAAUACUUCAGAUAAUAACAUUCAUACCAUAGUAUCUGCUUUUCUUUUAAUCUUAUGUUGAUCUGUGAGAGGUUAUAUUCAGUAAAAUUCUGCUUCUAUGUAAGACAUAGCUGUGGUGAAAGCAACACAUUAGUUUUUCAAGAACUUUUAUAGGACUAACGAAUUGAAAGAAUUGUAGGACCAUGAGAAACCUUUACCUUGCCUGGCACUGACUGACAGACUAGACACACACACACACACACACACACACACACACACACGAAAGAAAGAAAGA